AUGGUGCUGCUGGCUGGGGAGUUGCUGCCGCUGCCACCGGGCAAGGGGGAUCGUCUGCUUUUAGUUCGCUCCUGCUGCCGGAGGCGGCUUCUUCUACCUGGUCGUGCCGCUGCUGUCCCGCUCUCCGCUUGCUGCUGCUCCUCCUCCGGGAGGAGGCGGAGGUGCACGGAGGAAGAUGGGGGGGUCACCUUCCACCCGCCAGGGCUGCCUCGUGAGCUUGCAGUUCGGUACGUGCUGAUCCACCGCCGUGAGCAGACAGGGGCACCCGCACACAGCUGUUUGGUCCCGGCAGCGGCGGUUUCCCCGAGCGCCGGCGGAGCCCUGGCAGUCCGGGAGCAGCAGCGGCGGCGGCAGCAGCGUUGCGAGCGGCGCCGCCUGCUCCUCACUCACAUCCUCGCCGCUGCUCGCAGUCCGAGCGCGGGGUGCUGCGCGCCGCCGCGUGUGGCUGCGCGCCCCCUCCGCCGCGCCGCGCUCCCCCCGCGCCGCGACGCCCCUCCCCUUCUCCGCGCCGUGCUCCCGGCUCGGCUGCACCCGGGCGGGGCCCCGCGUCACCGCCGAGCGCCCGCGCCCCGCUCCCCUCCCCCCGGCCGCCGGCACCGAGCCCACUUGUUGCGCGGGGCGCGCAUGCCCGGCGCGCUGCCCGCGCCCUCCCCGGCGCGGCCGCAGCUGGAGCGCGGCGGGGCGCGGGCAGCCUGCGCUGCCGGCUAUGUUUGGAAACUUGAACGCCAGAUCGCGCCCUCACCCUCCUCCCCGGCCGCGCUGCCGGCCCCCCGCCGCGGCACCGCGGCCAGGGCGCGCAUGCACAGUCGUCGUCGUGGUGUGAUCCCAGUGACAGAAUGACACAGUUUUUGUAAGCGUGUGACUGCAUCAGAAGCUCUUCCACUUUUGAUUUGUUUAAACCAGCCAUGUUUGCCAAGUGUUUAAGGUUGGGCUGGGAAAGAUAGUGCUGUGCAUUGCUCAAGGGUGUAGGAGAGGCCAGGCAGGAUACACAGUUGCGGAAAUAUGUUUGUCUUUCCGUAAUGAUUAAACUUUGAUUUAAACUUUGGUCAUGGGCACGUACUGUACCAUUACGCAAGCAGCACUUAAGGAUGAAGUGUCAGCACAGCAACAAUAUGGCCAGCAGCAGCAGUGAUCUCUGCAAAGCUGAUUGAUGAACAGAACUGCAAUGUAAAUGCAAAUAAAUGCCACGCUGUGGCACCUUCACAGGGAACGACUUGUCAGUAUCAAUCUAAUCUUGGUAGGGAAAAAUAGAUUGAACGGUGGCAAUGUAACGAGCUUCCCAUCUAUGGCAGCACUGUCCUUGUGAGGGUAACAGCAAGCUUUCCUGCUCACCUUCUGCCUUUUCCCUUUGCCAUGCCAGUGAUGGGACAGGAGCAAUCCAGAUCGGUCUUGCUGGAUUUAUAUAAAAUGCGUCUGGUCUUUAUUUAUCUCUGAAAUAAUCCAGGGAUUAAUGUUACUUUUGGAGGAGGCAAAGAGGAAGCCCACUGAAUCCAUUCAGGUGUCUAAUCUGGCUAACUGAAAGAAAGAAGCGAGCAAACAAAAAAUAGCACAAGAACCCCCCAAACUGUAGAUUGUUUAGUGAGAUGAAGGGGAGUGCAAGGAGGAAUGGAGCUGCGACUAUGAACAAUUGCUAGCCAGCUACUGCUUUUUGUGCAGGAACACAAGUCAGCACUGUGAGUGCAGCAUUAGGGAUUCUGCAGAGAUUGCCCAAAGUUUAUGACCUGCCAGUAGUCCCAAGGAACAAGGACUAUAAUUUUCACAAUCAGAAGUGAAAUCUACUAAUUCCAUCCUUUCAGUCCUAUGAUAAAUACUGCCAUCCGAUAAUCCCUUUCCCUUUAUUCCUAUUACCAUCUUUAUUUCAAAGUACACAUAUGCACAUAUGGGUCUAUGUAACAACAAAACGACAGGUGAAGUGUCAAUUUAAAUGAAGGAAUCAAAAUGAUCAUACAAAAUACAGCAUGCAGGAGAUGGCCACUACCUUUCCUAGUGCCACCAGCAGGUAUGGAAAGCAGGGGGUGCAACAGACCAUGAAGGACAAAGCGACAAAAUGCAGGUGGCCUGGCUGCACCCCAGGCACUGCUCUGUGCCACUCCCAGACACGAGCUCCCAAAACACGGGGGUUACUGUGGAUCUGGAUGAGAGAGUACUACGGAUUAUCGAUCAGCAGUGCAGUGUUAAUUAUGCAGAAUACAGGACAGCCCCAAAGUUUGCAAGUGAUAAUAAAUAGGAACCCAUGAUCUCAGCAGCUUGGAAAUGAAAAGUCUGUCUGGCUGUAAAUGCUUACAGCCUGGGAAUAUGUUUAACUCUUUCCUGCUCACUUUACAAAGUUUUGGCACUGAUCACUGCAGCCGUCACAGCAGCUGGCUCUUCUGCAGGCACUCACCUACAGAAAUGGCUCGCUCUUUACUGAUCAAAACAGCAGCUACAGCUGGAAAAAAUACAAGAACGAGAAGGGUAGCGCACUCCAGAAAGUGUAAUUUACAUGGAUUUACCUCAGAAUAGCAAAUAAAAUCCGUCACAAUCAAAUGACUGGCUUCAAAACAAUGCAGAGAUUAGCAGUGAACAGAGCACUUGCUGGUAAAGAGAGUGUGUUCAGCAAAUCAAAACACAAACACUUCAGGAAGAAGUUGCACAAUUUUGUCAAAUUAAAAGUUAAACAACAUUGUCUUCUACUAGAAGCUGCCAGAAAGUGUCAAAACACUCAGUUACAAAGCAUAGGAGUAGUUACAUGUUUCUGUUUAUCUUUUCAGUUCUCAUCGCAUUAUAAUUCUGGUUUUUUCCUACCAUUUUUCAGGUAGUGAGCCUUGUUGACACACAGAGCUUACUGCGUUCCCAACCUAGGAACUCUUCUUAAGACACGUUUCUUAAGGGCCGUUGCCUCUGGUUUCCUCUGCUUUUCCCGGUGCAUUUCCCGGUCGGUGGCGGAGCGCGGGGCCGAGGGCGCAGCGGGGCGGGCGCUGCCCCACGUGUGCAGCCGCGGCUGCUCUCCAAGGCCCCACCAGGCUCUCGCUUCUGCCCCGGGAAGCACUGAGGGGUCCCUCUUUGAGACCCACCCCACGCCCAGUUUUCGACAGCUGUCUUUAAGCUUUGAAAACCUGCAUGGGAGCCUAGAUUUCCACACAUUAACCUUUGCUAAAUCUUACAGUGCAAAAUAAGACGCUUAUAAUUACUUCUGCUCACUCUGCAAGGGACUAGCGACUGGGCAGUGUGUCUGUUUUAGGCUGGGAUAUGCAGAGUUGGGGCCUCUGCUGUUGUUAUUUUUACAUUUUCCUGGACUGUUUUCAUCUUACAUCCUGUGGACGUAGUAAACAAUCAACAACAAUGAAUCAACUGAAUCGGUACAUUUUUUAAGGCUAUUCCCACUGAGAGCCACUUGCACUUUCGUGACAGUUAAGAAUCUGCCAAAUAUUAGCUUAGUUACCAGCAAGACAUGCUCCUCCCUCCCUUCACCCCAUACACAGAUUGUUUAUCAAAAUGUGCUGCCAAGAAAAAUAUCCCCGCUUUUGGCCUCCACCAGUGAUUAAUAACACUUGAGAACUGAACAAAACUUUACUGUGUUUUCCAAAAAAUAAGGGAGGUGGGAAAGGGAGGAAGAAAAAGAAAAAGAAAAGAAAAGAAAAGAAAAGAAAAGAAAAGAAAAGAAAAGAAAAGAAAAGAAAAGAAAAGAAAAGAAAAGAAAAGAAAAGAAAAGAAAAGAAAAGAAAAGAAAAGAAAAGAAAAGAAAAGAAAAGAAAAGAAAAGAAAAGAAAAGAAAAGAAAAGAAAAGAAAAGAUACCCUGACACUAUCUUAAGUUAUUUCACUUGGCAUAACCUCCUUUUCCUCUUUAACUAGGCCAUCUGAAAAGACCAAACCCACUUUUUCUCCAAGACCAUGUUACAAAUGCUGAUUAAUAUUGUUAUUGAAAGAAGGAUGAUAUGGACAGAGGAAAAUGGUGAGAAUAGAAGUAGGGGUGGGGGCAGUUUCUUUUAUUAGCACAUAUCAAGAUUAGCUAGGGGGAGAAACCAAGAGGAAAAAAAGAUCGUUUACUUUUUUUACAAAGACUGUUGGUAAAAUUCCUAAGGGAGACUAAGUGCCAAAAUUAACUGUCUUGGUGUGUUACUUUUAGACACUACCGCCUGGGUGAAUUAAGUCAAAUCUUCAAGCAGCAGCCAAAGAUAGCUGCAAGCUGAAAAAGAGGCUCUACAUUUCCUUGGUUUUUUGGUGAAACUCACAAAUUUGUGAAGAUUGUCUUUGCUCCAGGGUUUUUUCAUCUCUUCUUAACACCCCCCCCCCCUCUCUUUUGCCUUCUGGGCUAUUUUUACUAUUUUAUAUUUGGCAUUAUAAAUGUGUUUUGUAAUGGGAAGGCAAGGUAAGAAACCAGCAAUUGUUUAGAAAAAGAGGAAAGUAAAAAUAUGAGAAUACAUCCUCGCAUACCAUAUCUAUUUAUGUGUAUACAUACAUGUGAGAGUAUCCAUAUCUAUGUAAGUAAUAUCAGGAAUUUUUCAUUACUCUGUUCUCCAAAAGGCAUUAUUUAGUAAAAGAUAAUAAACAGCUCUUGAACAGUAGGGUAUAGACUAGUGGGAUAUGGAGUCGUGAAAACAGCUUACUGAAAUUAAUGAUGCUGGAUUGAACCAAACCUUCCUCCCUUUGGAAUUAGUGCCAGACAUAGUUUUCCUGAACCCUGUCCAACUGCCUGAGCGACAGACAAUUUUCAUUUUAUUUGUGCUAAAGGCUUAUGACUAGUGCUGGAAAAUGAAGCCCUUACCCUUGAUCUUAGUGCAGAUUAAAAAAAAAAAAAAAAAAAGAAAAAAAAAAAAAGAAAAA